AUGCCUGGACGGACGGCGAGCAGCACAGCGCGUACGAGGCGCACGACAUCCACCAAGAAUCUCCGCAACAGCUCUCCUGUCACCGAGGUCCCGGACGAAGGCCCCGAUUCCUCCCUACGACGCGCUGUUUGCACCGCAUUUGCAGACUCCCAGAAGUCCACCGCGGCGCAUCGCAAGACGUGCAUUGCCCUUCGCAAGCUACAGGAAUCAUGCUGCUAUGAAGUGUCCAGCAGCAAGAAGAAGCAGACGGAGGAGUUUGAUGCAGACGACUUCAAUCGCGAAGUGAUAAGAUGCAUACUGCGGAUCUUGCCAGUCAAGAAAGCAGAGCCUGUGGGAGACAGAGUGGUGCGAUUCCUGGGCACAUUUUUGAAUGAAGCCAGCCAGAAGGACAACGAGAUCUUGCAGCAAGAUGCGGACGACGAUGCUUUACCAGAGACGCCAACAAGCGUGCUCACAACUCAGAUCCUGAGCACUCUCCUACCGUUACUGCAGGCGAAGGACAAGACCAUUCGAUUCCGUGCUACGCAAAUCACGAGCCAUCUGAUCAACAGCUUGGAUACAUUAGACGAUACUAUGUUCCAGCAACUACGAUUCAGACUACUGAAACGGAUCCACGAUAAAGAAGCGCCAGUGCGAUUACAAGCGGUCUAUGGUCUGGGUAGACUGGCGGCGGAGGUAGAGGACGAGGAAGAUGAGGACUCUGACUCAGAUGAUGAAGUUGGAGCUGGUGUUCUAGCAAAGCUGCUCAACAUAUUGCAGAACGAUCCGGCCGCUGAAGUCAGACGCAAUCUUCUACUCAAUUUGCCGCUCACCAAGGAUGUUCUCCCAUACUUGCUGGAACGUGCCCGGGACGCAGAUUCAACGACUCGACGAGCGCUGUACGGCCAUCUUUUACCUGGCCUGGGUGACUUCAGACAUCUCAGCUUGACCCAUCGCGAGAAGCUUUUACGAUGGGGUCUACGAGAUCGCGACGAAGCGGUUCGCAAAGCAACGGCCAAGCUGUUCUGCGAGCGUUGGAUCGAGGACUGUGCAGCUCUUCCCGCGGCUCAAACAUCAGAAGAGGGUGAACAGGACAAAGACGGCAAGAAAGUUCCUGUUGCAUCUUUGGACGCUUUGCUCGAACUUCUCGAGCGUAUAGACGUGGUAAACAGCGGUAUCGAUGGUGGGAUCGCUCUCGUCGCCAUGUACGAGUUCUGGAAAGGCCGCUCCGACUACGUCGAUUAUGUUUCGUUCCCUGAUAACUUCUGGGAGGAUCUGUCGCCUGAGUUGGCUUUUGUCGCUCGCACUUUCAACGACUUCUGCCGAACUGCAGGACCUGAGGACUACUUUGGGCCGCGACCUCUUAUUGAGAUGGCGGAAGAGAAAUUGCCUGAAGUUACGAAAUUUGGUUUCCUGCUGGAACGAGAAAUCAAAAAUUUGAUCGACGCAGCAAUGCUGGCUGCCACAGAAGAGGAGGAUGCAGAUGUUGAAGAAGACCUUCACCAUCGAGAGUUCGUCGUCGAGCAGAUGUUGCAGAUGGCUUUGACCUUCGACUACAGCGACGAAGUUGGACGACGCAAGAUGUAUGCUUUGAUGCGGAACUCUCUGGCAUUGCCCGACUUGCCGGAAGAAGUCACGCGCUUGGCAGUCGAAGUCUUGCGUCUCGUCUGUGGCGAGGACAACAAGGGCGAGCGGGAUUUCUGUGGUGUCGUUCUGGAAGCCAUCGCCGAAGUUCAUGAUACUAUCAUGGGUGAGGACGAUGGUACAGAUGCUGACAGCACUGAGGAUAGCUUCCACUCUGCAACCUCUCAACCAGACGAAGACGAUACCAUUGUGGUCGCCCAGCGAAAGGCGAAGAGGGCCAAGAAGGAGCUGGACCCACAGGCCGAAGCCGACAAGGCGGUGCGGGAAAUCAUGGUCAACAUGAAGUGCUUGCAUAUCGCCAUGUGCAUGUUGCAGAAUGUUCAAUGCGACAUUGAGGAGAACGUUCAUUUAGUGACCAUGCUGAACACGCUCGUGGUUCCAGCUGUGAGAAGUCAGGAAGCUCCUGUUCGAGAACGUGGCCUGAUGUGUCUUGGGCUGUGCUGUUUGUUGGGCAAGAAUCUUGCACAAGAGAAUUUGACCGUCUUCUUGCAUUGCUUCGCAAAAGGUGCUCCCGCCUUGCAAGCUACGGCACUCCAGAUUAUCACAGACAUUCUUGUCACUCAUCCUACGCUACUAUCCGACCCAGCAGCGAGCGACGAUUCCGAGUCAGAAGCCAAAGGCACGCAAAAGCUCAUCACCAAGGCCUACAAGAAGUCUCUUGGCUCGAAUGACGGUAAUGUCCAGUCCACGGGCGCCAUCGCGCUGUCCAAGGCAAUGCUGUCUCGACUCAUCACGGACACCGAUUUACUUAAGCAGCUGGUCGUCACAUACUUCGAUCCGGACAGCGCGAACAAUCCUCAAUUCCGGCAGAGUCUGUCUUACUUCUUGCCCGUCUACUGUCACUCGAACGCCGAAAAUGCGAUCCGCAUGGCAGAAAUUACUUGCAGCAUCAUCAGCCGGCUCCACACGCUUCGCGAGACCUACCUGGAAGACGCCGAGGUCGAAGAAGAUGCCGGUAACGGGGACAUGGUAAAGAUGAACCUGAUCGGUCAAAUGCUUCUGGACUGGACCGAUCCUCGCAAGAUUGUUGGCUUCGCAGAGUCUGCCAACGUUGUCGAUGCUGCCGCCGGGGCAGCACAAACGCACUACAUCGUUGCUGAGAACGUCCUCGAACGUCUGGUCACGAGUCAACCACAUAAGGACGAGAAGAAGGUGCUCUUCUCCAUGCUGAACAAGCUUCACUUGCCAGCCAAUGGAGCAGACCCUGAGCGUGUCAAGACUGUCCUGGAACUGUGUGCUGAAGCCGUCGAGACGAAGGUGUCGCCCACAAUCACGGACAAGAACUACUUGACCAAGAUUCAGAACAACCUGAUCAAGAUCAUGCACGACUACGCGACUGAGGAGCGUGGUGGAGGCGGUGCUGAAGAGACGGUGCUUGAAACGACAGAGGUCGACGAUGAAGGCGAGACGACUGUGCAUGUCGUCCAUGGAGCAGAGGACGAAGAGGAAGAAGACUUGGAUUCAGACGUGACGCAACUACAGCAGGAUAUGAAGGAUGCUACAAUCGGCGCCACAACGGUUGGCUUCACGACUGGAAUCCCCGAUGCUGAAGGCACAAGGAUUGAGAUGGAAGACUCGGAGAUGAUGGAUGUUGAUGACUAG